CCCUUUUGUUUUUAAUCUCUUUUAGAUUCUGUUUUGGAUUCCGAUUAGAUAUUUUUGUGGGUGAAAAAUAUCCGAUGGAUUCGGUUUUUGUAGUUCAAAAAACGGGGAUUUUUUUUCUCUCUUCUGUAGAUGCGUUUUAGUUGUUUGCUGUUUCUCUUUUGGCCUCUUCAUCAAUGCUUAAUUUGUUACUUCAUUAGGGUUUGAGAAAAAUGGGGCAUUUGCUAGUGGGAAUUGUACAAAACUUUGAAGAUCACUUUGGUGUCAGAACGAAUGGCGAUACCGCAGAUUCGAAGUGAGGAACAAGCAGCUACCAGUUUCAAGUUUGUGCAGGGCACAAGGAUUCUGGGGAGGAAAAGAGUAGUAAUUUCUAGCAGUUUGGAUUCAUCCAGCUUUUCUUCGCCAAUCCCGCAAAAGCGACGCAGCUGCCGGUCUCGAAUGGAGCGGCCGAAUCGCCUCGAAUCCUUGCCUGAAGACAUUCUGGUGAGGAUUUUGUGUAAGGUGGACCACAGUGAUCUAAAGCAACUCCUUUUGGUCUCUAAAUCUGUCAAUCAAGCAGCUUUGAUUGCUAGGGAGUUGCAUUUUGCCUUUAGCACUCCAUUAGUGAAGCGCAUCUUCGAGCGAGAGAACGAGGAGAGAGAUAGCGAUAACGAGGAGGCACCGGAUGCGCCGAAGCAGCGACGCGUCGCUCGAUCUCGUAUCGACGGCAAAAGCCUAUCUAGUAUUGCCGUCGCGCUUUUUACAUCCCCUGAUGAUUAGUGGCCGACAAAUGGAUUGGCCGAUUAGAUGUAGAUAUGAAUAUGGUGUAGAACAAUUUGUAGAGUACAUUUACUGUUGUUUUGCUCCAUAUACUUAGGUGUAGUUAGUUUUCUCCAUUUUGCAACAUGUAGAUGUGAACAACUCAUUUGUCCAGAGCCAGUUUCUUCAAUGCAUUCACUGAAGAGGGGCUGCUUAGUAUUAGUGUAUUUAACUAGAGAAACAUAGUAAUUCAUGUUUGAAGGGAGGCUUCUCUUCAUCUUCUAUUUUUUCCAAAUUUUGUUUAUGUAUAACAGCUUUGUUUCAGCAUUGAAUUUCGAAUGGUUAUUAUCCUCUUUAAUACAUUUUUGUUACCUUCGUCAA